CCCUAGAACAAAGGAUCGAUAUUCAGAGACUAAGAGAUUAGAGCUAGGCAGGUAGAACUAGGGUUUAUACACCAAACGUUGUAGUUCUAACUCAAACGAUUAAUAAAAUCUCUAUUUCAGUCUCUAUUGUCUUUCUUGUUUGCUGCUCCGUACUGUCUACAAAGAUACUAACACCUUCUGAUCCUGGGUACAAAUUUGACCUUAGAGAUAAGGUCGGUUCGAAUCAUAGAUAGGAUGGAAAAAACAACAAGGAAGAAAACAAUACAAAUGGUUAAGGUCAUUUGAAAUUGUAAUGGACAAGAAAAAACAAAUUGGGAAAAUGUUGUAAGGAUGAAGGCCGAAUUUCCAAAGUGGUUUGAGCAGUUUGUGAUGGAUGAAGCACUUGGUUUGGAUUUGAGGACAAAUCCAUUGCAAAUGCAAGAUACUUGUCAUGUCUCCGAUCUUAGAUAGAAUCGUUGGGAUGGGCCAUGGUUCGAGGGAACGUACCAUCCGGUGUAUGAUAUAAAGGCAAACAUUCCAUGGCCUAAUAAAAUGGUUAAGUGCAUCAGAAGGCUGAGACUUAGCCAAAUAAGGAAGGAAAUAAGGAUAAGGAGCUGGAUGAGUGGUACAGGAGCUGGGGGAUGCGAAUGGAAUGCUUGACCAGCUAGGUGAAGCUCGGUCUUGAGCUCAAGAAAAUUGGUUCAGCUCGAUCAGCUGGAUGGACUAGCUCACUCUGCUGGGUCAGCUGAGAGUCAGCUCAACUCAGUUGGACGAAGUGUUCGGGUCUUAGGCAGUUGGACCAGGUCCGGCCGCGGUCUAGCUUUCUGGUUGACCCAAGGUGGCAAUGGGCCAAGGGGUCCUUGGAUCAGUCCACGGGCUUGUGUAAAGGGUCUAAGCCCAAGUUAGGCCUGCUAUGGGGCGGUUAUAGGCGAUGGGAUGUCAAUGGAACAUGCUGCACCCAUUCACCCAAAAAGUUAUACCCGUUCGGCCUAGGCGGUUGGCGAACCUCUCUUCUAUAAAUAAAAGGCCUUCUGGUUGAAAAUGGGCAUCAAUUCCUUAGGAAAAAAUACUCAAAGUCCGAGAGAGAGAAAGGAAAGAGAGAAGGUUUGGUCGGCCAAAGGAAGGCCAUUUGUGGUGGUUAUUUUUUUUUGACGAGAGAGAUCGUUUGUGGGAAGGAAGUCCGAUUGGAAAUGGAUACUAGAGGCGAGGAGAAAGGCUUGGAGAAGGGCUGUAACACACCAGAGCACACGUCCAAAGUUAGUGGAGUAACCAGCAAACCAUCGCCUAAGACCAUCGGUUGGUCCGAUCAAGUCUAAGGCCAUUUCUCCCUCUAUUCUUCAUUACUUCUUCUUCUCCUUUCUUCUGUAUAUGUCGAAUAGGUGUGAUGGUUGGAGUAUGGUGUUGCGAACCAUGGCAUAGGCCAGUUCAAAACAAACUGCAAUCCAUGGCUAUAGGCCGGAUGUGUGUAUGGUCCAGUUAGCCUCGAGAUGGGUCAGUUGGACUAAACGGUUGAUAGACAAUCCUAUUGGGAUAUGUCUCCAAACGGUUUCAUUGACCACAGCCAUGUCCGGUCCAAGCAAGGUAGUCCUUGGCCUAUUUGCCGUACUUGGUAAGGCUGAUCGAUCUCGUUCCUUUGAAAAGAUUCAAAAAGAUUUGGAUUCUUAUUUAGUGGUGCAUGUAAGAGGUUUAAAAGAGUUGUUUUAGCUUCUUAUGUCGCUAAAGUGCACUUAUAUUUAUUUCCAAAUAUAACUCUACAACUAAGUAAACCUGGACUGAAAUAAUUGAAAGAUGGAUACCUAGCAAAAAGUGAUUUGCAGUAUUACGAUGGCAGACUCAAAGAGGCUAUAUUCCCUAUGGAGACAUGCAUCCAUCAAGAUUUUAGCGGGUUUAUCAACACAAAAACACAUUCAUAAGCCCGUAGUUGACUUAUUUGCCACUAAGGUACCUUCCUUUAAGAACAGAGCCGUCUCUCCCAUAAACUUCAGAUGGAUUUUUUUCAUUCGAAAAGAAUCUAAACUAUUUGCAUACUUUGGUACCAUCCUGAUAUAUGUUAUAUAGUUGGUGUAUGUAGAAGAGGUUAAAAAGAGUUUCUUUUGCUUCUUAUGUCGCUAAACUGCACUUAUAAUUAUGUCCAACAGAACUCUAAAGUUAAGCACGCUUGAGCUAAAAUAAUUGAAAGAUGGGUGACCUAUCGAAAAGUGAUUUAUGGUACCAUAUGAGUGAGAACAAAACAAAGAAAAAGAUCAUGUGGUGAGUGCAUGUUUAGUAAACAAGUGUUUUGAGCCAAAAAAAAAAAAAGCAAACCGACUGUUAAACAUGGUGUAGCCCACAUGCAGUUAAAUGAGUUCUCUUCGUUACAAAUGAUAUCAGAGCCAAACCUAGAUGAAUGUGGAGUUAAAUGAGCUCUUUUCAUCGGAGGUGAAUCUCUUGGUACGCAACAAGGAUGUUGCACUCUGUGAAUGGAAAAUUUUUGAUGUAUAUUGGUGCAUGUGAAAAGGUUUAAAAGAAUUGAGUUGGUUUUCUAUGUCACCAAAUUAUCAUUGUUUUUUAUUACUUGUUCAUCGAGAACUUACAGUUAAUCAUGUUUGAGCUAGAGUAAUGGGAGGAUUAGUUACCUAUCACAAGUGAUACACGAUACCACUUGCGUGUAGAAAAAAAUAGCAAAUAGAUCGUUAGAUUAGAUGGGAGCCACAUAUAAGAGCGGAUGUAGCGACCAACUUACGAGGGCAUGUACGGGUAUUUAAGCGCUUUUGGGAUACAAAUUUCACACUUCAUAUUAAUAAACAAAAUUUACAAUGGAAGCACUAAAAUAUCUGUAAAAUUUGAUUCGGUUUAUUAUUUGUUUUGAUUCGAACCGAAAAUUUUGGAUAUCCGUAACUCUACGAAUCAAAGCAAAUAAUAAUAUUUAAUAUCUGUGAAAACGAAACAAAUUUCUAAUACUAAUAUUUUUUAAAAAGAUAUCAUACACACACAUAGCUAAUUAUUUAAAUAAAAGGAAUCAUAUUCCAAAUAUUUCUAAAAACUCGGAUAUUGGAUUUGUGUCCACACUAAUAAGCACAACUUGAAGACGGUCCAUGUAAUUUGGGGGUCAAGGAUAGCACCUCCAAUAAACCUCAUGCUUUCCACUUGCUUGUACACGCAUACUGUAAAAAAUACAAGUCAUCCUCGUAUUAACACCUCGUACACUGACAAAUAUUUUCCCAUUCUCAAAGUACCCCUUCAUUUCUUUCAUCACCCAAAUACUAAUCUUUUUGAUACUUUUUCGAACCAAAGAGAUACCUUCAAUUAAAAAAACUUUCUUUUGUUUCCUUUUUCUUUGGUCAGUUAUGUGUCUGUACUGAUUUGAGUUUAAUAGAUCAAACAAAAAUACUUUUUUUUUUUGUAAGCAAUUUAUCUCAUUCAUGCUCGAUCAUCACUUCAGUGUUUGAGCGAGCUCAGUCACAUGAUCCAUAUAACAUAAAGUUUGUUCUAUGUAAAUACCCAUAAAUUACUCCCACGCACUUAUAUAAGCUUAUGAUUCUUUUAGUUUACCAAUAAAAGUUUGAAUAAAUUUGGUAUAUGAAAAUGAAAUAGACUCAAAACUAGUUUUUAUUUCUAGGAAAAUAUCUUUUGAAAAUAUCAAUUGGAUAACUAAAUUGUUUUGGAAAAACUAAACCAAUUCAAUAAUUUAGUUCUUUAACAAAGUCAAUGCUUUACAAUUUUCUCUAAAAAACAAAAAACGCGCAGGACGCCAUCGUUUCUUUGAUUAUUUAAGUAAUAGUGUUAUUUUAAGUAGUUAAACAACAAUUUUGUGUUUAUACACACGCAUAUACUUCACAUGGCAUGCAUGUGUUGAGAUAUAAAGACGAAGGCAAAGAGGAGUAAGAAUUUGAAGGUCUAGAGAAAGAGAGAGAAGAGAGAGGAUCAAUGCUGAUAAAGAGAAUAGAGCUUUGUAUAGAAAUUGUGAAGAGAACAAUGGAUUGCAUGGUGGUGGUAGCUGAAGCCGCGAGAGACUUCUUUAGCCAAGCUCCUCAGGCUCCGCCGGCUCUCCUCCGCCAUGGCCCCUAUUAUCACUCAAUCUCCUUUCAGCCUUCCGCUUACAUGAUUGGCUAUCUUCCCUGAGAUUGUAGUUCUCUGUAAUAUUUUUGUAAAUAGCAAAUUAAUGUAAAUUACUUAUUUUCCAAGAUGUUUUUUUUUUGAUAAAGGAUUUAUCCAAGAUGUAUUUUUUUUCCCAAGAUGUAUUAUACGGACCUAAACCUGGUCGGUGGUGUUGCAGCAGCUUUAACACAAACCACAAAGCUACUUAUCCAAGUUAUCUUGUAUACUACGUUGUAAUUAAUCACGUCUUUUAUUUCACCUCAGUUUCCGAAUUGUUUUUGUAUGUGGGUUUAAUUUGCUUUGUGUUGUGGUUUUCCUCUUUGACUUUGUUUUCUGGUUUCUAAUAUUAGAAUUCGAUGUGGAACUAAAAAUAAACGUAAGAAUUAAAUGUAAAUAUUGAUAUGAAAUGGGAUGAUUAUCCAUCAUAUGCCAUUUCAUGAAACUACAUUGGCCUCUCCAAAGGAGUUAUCUUCAUCAUUAUAACACAUUUCUUUGGAUUUUGAAGUUGUGUGAUUCGUCUUCAUAUUUUUCAGUUGUAAAUAACUAUAAUCAAGACCCAGUUAAAAAAAUAGUUAUAAUCAAGAGAGUUAUAUAAACAUAUGCUAGUACAUAAAAAAUACAAUACAAGAAACUUAACAUAAAGUCUUGGAUUUUUUCUCUUUCUCUUAUUGCUUUAUUUAGAAUUCAUACAUAUUUUACUACCUCCAGUAUUUAUAAUACGUUGUCAGAGGGGAGAAAAUUACUGUAAAAUACAUGAAAGUGUUCAAAAGAAAUCACAUAAUAAUUUCGUUCAGAAAACAAAUUGAUAUAUAUAUAUAUAUAUGUAUAUACAUAUUUUAAUAUUAUAUUUUAAAAAUAUUACUUUUAAAAUUUAUUUCUGUUUUCGUAUACCACAUGAAUUGUUUCUAUAGAUUAACAUAUAAAUUCUGAAAAAUUACUUAUACUGAACAGUUCAAGUCAUUGGGAGGUAAGAUGAACUAUACCUCCAAAAUAAUAAACCUACCAAAAAAAAGAAAAGUCCAACAGAGCCAGUGCUAGAAUUACAUAUAUACUUUUAUAAUGUAAAAAAUAUAAAAGAAAAGACCAACAGAGCCGGAGCUCAUUCAUGUACUACAGACACCAAAUUUAAGGACGGACAGCCUUGCACGUAGUGCAAGAAAGCAAUCGUAUGUUGUUGUCCAUAUGGAUGCGGAGCUACUAGUUUGGUUUACAUAGUCUACAUGAUUCUGUUUAUUUUGCUAACAAAAAAAAAUAAAAAAAUAUACUUAGUACGCAUUUAACCUCAUGCCUUGCAUUCAUAAGUAGAAGCACUGUGAUAGGCGAUGUAGAAUAUACUCCAACAUUCGACAUGGCAGAGCUUUGGAACAGAUUGUAAAGAGCUGAUCACCAUGAAUAGAUUGUAAGGAGAAGCGCUUUUGCUACUGAGAAAGCGAACAGUCAGCGCGAAGGUUCAAGACUUUUCUGAGCGUUAGCGAAGCUAGAUUCUCAUAGCGAGGCGCGUAAGACCGAUUGCUCAUGCUAUUUGGGAUCCUCAUUUUGGUCAACCGGCUGUGGAAGCAUUUACUCGAGGAGGUGUUUUUGGCCCGGUGUAUAUAGCUUAUUCCGGUGUUUAUCAGUGGUGGUAUACAAUCGGUUUACGUACUAAUGAAGAUCUUUAUACUGGAGCUAUUUUUCUAUUAAAGCUUUGCAACGGAAUUAGAGAGGAUAGAGUCUCUGAAGAUAUGUUUCCCAGAUUUCAAGAUCACUCAUAUUCCACGAGCGCAAAAUCAGACUUCCGACUCUUUAGCUAGAGGACUGCGAUGUAUUUCCAUAGAGAACUUUGUUUUGUUGAUUAUUCUAUAACCAGACCACCUCAAGUUUGAGUAAUAAAAUAGCCGUUUGUUGCCAAAAAAAAAACCUCAUGCCCUGAGGUUGAACAACAAAUUUUGUGUGAUAUAAAGUCUAAUGAUGAUAGUUUGUGAGGAUCUUUGGUUACCUAAUGGGAUCGUUGAAAAUUACAUGUUCUAGUCGUAUUGAAAUAAUAUAUAUUCUUAUAAAUAUAAGUUAUACGUACAGUCUAUAUCUCGGUUUAGAACAUUUACAAGUUCAUAAUUUCAAAAUCUUCUAAUCAAUAAAAAAAUAUGAUAUAGUUUGGUAAUUGUAAACAAUGGUCCCAUACAUCAUAAUUAUAUUAAAGGCUUUAUGUAAAUUUUAUUUUAAAGGCUUAAUUUGCAUUCUAAUGAUGAUAGUUUGGUAAUUAUAUAGUUUUUUUGGUGAAAUGUUAAAAAUGUAUAUAAUAGUUUUCUUGACUAAAAGUGAAAUGCAACAAUAAAGAGGAUAAAAAGUCAUCGUACCAAUUUCUAUAAGAACUGGAUUAGACUAUAAGGUUGAACAGAUCCAAAUGCAAAUCCAGUCUGGCUUACCAUGAACCCACAUUAAAAAAUCAUUAUGCAAAUUGUCUAAAAUUUAGUAAAAACUGUGAACCAUAUCAAGUCAUUAUAUUUUUUAUUGUUUCCUUUCGCCUGCCUAUGCAAUUGAACAAAAUGAUCUAUGUUACCUUCUUGCUCAAUCAAUCACUAUUUUUAACCUACCUGCUCAACUUGGAUAGUUAUACUGAGCUGUAUGUCGUAAUGGGUUUAAUGUUGAGUGUUCCCAAGAUCUGCUCUUCCUUGCCCGGCCAGGUGCAAUAUGUGAUUGAGCUCUUGGUCGAUAGCACAUUACUCACAUUUUUAGGUUUUUAACUUUCAAAAUAUCUUUUUAAUAAAUGGUUUUUACCCAUGCUCUGUUAUUUGCAUAACAGGACAGGACGAAACAUUCUUCGCUGUCUUUACAUUUUUGAACAUGUAUUUAUAUAUUAGGCUUCGAUGGUGAAUCACUAGAUGAAUGCAAAAUUGAACAAAAUAAAAAAUAAAAUUUAAAUUGAAAAAAUAAAAAGAUAUGAUUUUUUGUUCAUUUUGUUCCUCAUCAAAAUUGCAGACGGAAACUUUUUUUCGCCUACCACUAGACUAUCCAUGUGUGGUGCACUUUUUAUCAAGCCAAACAAGUCUAAAUUUAUUAAGAACAUGUUAUUUGCCAUAAAUCUCCUCCUUGCAGGUUAAAAUUAUUUAGAUCCAUUAUCCAUCGUACCAAAAAGAAAUUGAGAUCCAAGAACAUCCAUCAUACUAGAAUUACAUGCAUCCGUAUUUGUUUUACUAAAACAUGCAUCAGUUUUUAGCAAGACGCUUUAAGUAGACAAGAGAAAAUUAAAACUUUUUAGGUCAUGAUUAAUCCCGGUUUCUUAACAAGUAUUUUUAGCUUUGGCUAAGAGAUGGUUCCUAGUUUUUAAUUAAGAAAAGCUAAGAACUGUUUCUUAAAUAAGAGAUAUAAGAGACGUCUGUUAGCCAAAAAAUGUAAAAACAAAAUGUCAAAUCAUGAGUUAAGAACCUCAAAUAAGAGACCGGGGUUAAUCAUACUCUUAUAUACAUCGGUUUCUAGCACAAGGCUUUUAAGUUCUGGGCAAAUCUCCCAUCGUUUUUUUUUCUUUCAAAAAAUGCUUUUUUGACCAAAAACCAAAGAAGAAAAUAAAUGAUUAAAACCUCUUUCAUUAAAUAAUAAAUUAUGUUAAUUAGAAAAAGAGAUAGAUAAUAAUUAUACUCAUAUUUUAUAGAUAUAUAAAUAUAAAAUUUAA